AUGAGAGGAAGCAAGCAACUGACGGAAAGUAGCAUCUUCAGGUCUCAGCCCUUGUGUAUCCUCGUGGGCUCAGAACAAAUUCGGUUAUCAAUACAUUCAGCCGUCGUUGAGCGUUUUCCACAGCCUCUAAGGGAGGAUUUAGAUAUUCCUGGAAGAAUACAAGGUGAAGAGCCGAUCGUCGUGAGGAAUAUCGAUCUGGACACUUUUGCACUUUACUGUGACUCUCAGGUGUCACUACGAUUGGAAGAGGCGAACGCCCAAGCCUUCGAUGGACCGUUCGCAGUCGUGGUGCCAAAGCACCCUAGGGAGAGUCGCACACUCUUACCUACACUCUUCAUCCACUCUUGGAUCUACAUUCAUGCGGCUAAAUAUAAAUGGGAAUCCUUGAAGUUACUUUCCUUCCAGAAAUUUCAGAACGCUCUGGAAACGUCCCCUUUGACUGCUGCUCUUAUUGAUGAGUUGGCGCCGAUGUUCUGUUUCAUCUCUGAGCAAGAGUCGGAGGCAGCCCGUAACUUGGCUCGGUACGUAACGGGUUAUGUGACGACGACGAUAGGACCAUUGCAAGAGACCUCCAGCUUCCGGGAUUUCGCCGAGUGGGCACAGUUCAAGGAUUGA